UGUUCUUCAUCUUCUCCCUUCCUUCCCAUCAUCUCUUAAAACCAAAAGAUGUAACUCAACAACUCUAUCUACCAUUUGCCUCCUUUACUUCGGAAUCAAAAACCCAUCUUUUUCUUUUGUUAGGGUUUAUCUCUCUCUCUCUCUCUCUCUCUCUUUCACAAUCUUCAGCAAAAACUUUGAGGUUUUUCACUUGCAUGUCAAUGGCGAUUAGUACUAAACCAAAGAAAAAUUACAGAGUGUUUAGGUCAUCUCUAGAACAACUAGUCGACGUCGCCGAGGAAAUUAGAGGAAAAAUUUAACAUUUUUUCCAAAACACUUGCAAGCCUUAAAAAAAUGCCCUUUCUGGAAUUUCUAUCGACCAUUUCAUGAAGGAAGACUCAAUCAAGCAGAUAUGAAGAACAGACAGAAGGGAAUCGGGCUUAUCUUGGACACUUUCGAUCCAAUUGAACAAGUAUUCAAAUUUCAAGGAAAGGAAUUUAGGUCUACACCAGAAACCCUUGCUGUCAUGUUUGGGUUCCAGAGGAUCAAAGGGGGAGCAGAAUUAACCAUGAUGGAUUACCCACGACCUGAAACUCCUGUCGCCCAAAUAGUGUUUUGCGAAACAUAUCUAAAGAGAAAGCCAGCAAUUCAAAUCAAGGAUAUUAUGGAUUCGCUUUGUGCAACAGCUGGGGAUGUAAGUAAGCCUGAUGAUUUCGUUAAAUUACUUGUUUUAUAUCUAUGCAAUGCGGUUUUCUUCUCUACCAUCGGUGGAAAUACAAUGUCAAAGCUCUAUCUCAACUACGUUUUCGCAAUGGAUCGUGUGUCUUGGCCUGACUUGAUUCAUUCGCAUUUGAUGGAACCUUUAAUGGAAGCCGAAAAACCAUACGAUUCACUUAAAGGUUGUACUGUCUACAUUUUGUUUUGGUUUGCUGAAGUUACUCACUUCAUCAGCAAAAUUGAGGGUGAAUUAGGGAAUUGCAAACUUCGUUUUCUAAGGUGGAAUACUAGGGUGUUGGUCCAAAAGAUGAAGAAGGAAGGCAUCACCUCUCUGAAACAAGAUCUUAGUGGAUCAUUCAUUGAUCCUUUAGAUAAGGAUGAUCAGAGCCUGGAGACACCAAUUGAAAUACGUCAAGCCAAUUCGGACAGGAUUAGUAAGAAGGUGGUCAGGAAUAGAGAUAGUGAUGAAGACUGGGAGUUGUCGUCAGACAUAGAUAGUGAUGAAGACUGGGAGUUGUCUCCAGACAGAGAUGCUGCUCGCUCUUUGGAGGAUCUGGCUCAUGUCAAUUUCUCCAAAAAGAGAAAGACGGGUAUGGAAUUAUCUCGCCUUUGUGAAGGAAAAGGAAUUUGUAAGGACUUGCAUGGUAAUGAUGUACACAUAGGGAAUUUGUCAUCUAGUUCUGAAGCGAAAACUACGGGAAUUGAAUUGGUUGAAGUGGGUGAGCUUGCUGGGGAACAACCUGUGGACGCUGCAAUAAAUACAUGCUCUUCUAACUGCCUGACUCAUGACCCCACUUUGUUAGCUGUAUCCACUUUUGUAGAUGUCACUCCUUCCCUCACAGGGUCUUCAAGCGCUUCGGUUCAAGAGAGAGCGGAAGGGUCUGAUUUUAUGGACAUCUUCAACAUCCCAGAAGAGAAUGAGAAUGAAAGACCCCACACAAGCGGCGCUUCUGCUCAAGAAAGAAUGGAAGAAUUUGAAUUUGUGGACAACUUCAAAAUCCCAAAAGAGUAUGUAAAGUUGUAUAAGAAUCUACACGGUAAAUAUGGUCAUAUUGCCACUAAAAAGGUCAUGAAGAACAGUGAUAUUAUCAUGGCUUGUGUUACCAAUUUAUUGAAGAUCAUCUCGGCAAUGGAAACAAAGCUAGGUGUGGAACUGAGUGAAGAGUUGCUAGAAGAAUGGGAAGGAUUCAUCAAGGAUGCUGAGGCCUUGAAGUUCAACAUUAAGUGGCUUCGUGAAGGAUUCAAUCAACUUACGAAUCAUUGGUUGUCUUCAUUGGGGAUAGAUAUUGAAGUUGAAAGUGAUGAACAAGUAUUGGGUGCAAUGCAGAAGAAUUAUGUUGGCCUCUGGACAAGAAGAGACGAACUUAAAACUGAACAUCCAGAGAUAAACAUUGGGAUAAGUAAAGCUGAAGCGAAGAUUUCAUUUAAGCGAGAAACUACUGAGAAAAUUAAUUUCCAGAGUAAAACUGUUUUAGAAAUGGUGCUGAAUUCCUGAACUUUCUGGAUGUUUAUAAGCUGCAAUCAGUCUUAUGGGCUCGAGAAAGUUGACAACAGUUGUUCGGGUGAUCUGGGUUAGGUAUCAUUUAUUCCCGGUCUCUGUCAGAAGGUUUUUGCGCCUUGUAAAUGGGUUGUAAAUAUUACGGCAAACGAUCUUGCGGGAUCGGCAGAGAUAGUAGGGGAAGAACAUCUUUUUGCUAGACAUCUCUCACAUUUUAACUUUGUAGUCAUCAGAUUAGAGUUUUUUUUGUUGGAAGUAGAGUUAACUACUAGUAAAGGGAUUGGGAUCGUGUGGAAGUUGGUGGCGUUGAUACAGCUUCUAACAAGCAAUUACAGGUCUUCUAACCAAAUUUGUUCGACUUGUUAAACAUGUUUUGGACGUAUAAAGUGGAAUCUCUAAAUCCAAACACUUGUUUUGGGGGAUAAAGAGGUAUGAUGUGAUUUUUCUUUGUAUGGUUUUCUCUAAAGGAGGUUUUGAUUAUACACUGUAUAGGUCAUAGAUGAUCGAGUCCUAUUUAUAGACCCUUGAGGCAGUUUAACUGCACAUUUUAUAGUAAACCAGAAAUGUCCGUGCCUUGUGAAUUGAAAGUUUAA